GCGGACGAGGCCGUCUUGGCGCCAGACGAACAACUCGCCUUGUCUGUCACCCUUGGCUUGGUGGAUAUUAGCAAGCACCCUGUCUCGGCGGCUAUCACGUCUCAUAUGAAAGCUAGAGGCGUUCGAGCCGCCACUUUGACAGGCGUGCGAUCGAUCGCUGGCAAAGGAAUUGAAGGCACUUAUAACGGCGAUCCAGUGCGUUGUGGCAAUUCUCGCUUUUUAUCACUCGAAGACCUGCCGGAAGUCCAACGUCUCCUCAGCAAAGGCUUGACGGUCUUUUGCGUCACCAUCAAGCACAAACCCAUGUGCGUUUUCGGCCUGUCAGACCGUGUGCGUCCUGAGACCAACCUCGUCCUGGCUGAACUGAAGAAUCGCAAGAUCGCCAUCUCACUCCUCAGCGGCGACGACGCAGGUGCUACGGAGUCACUGGCCGCUCAACUCGGUGUCCCUCUGAGCAACGUGCGGUCCCGCUGCUCGCCGGCGGACAAGCAGAAGUACCUCAAGGGUCUCGUAAGGGGGAAGCACGACCGCAUUGUUUUCUGCGGCGACGGCACGAACGACGCCGUCGCGCUCGCCCAGGCCGAUAUUGGCGUUCACAUGAGCACUGGUAGCGAGAUCGCGCGGACGGCCGCGGAUGUCGUGCUCCUGCGGCCUUCCCUCAACGGCUUGCUAGUGCUGCUGGAUCUUUCCCACGCGGCGAUGCACCGCGUGUACCUUAACUUUGCGUGGUCGUUCGUUUAUAACCUGUUUGCGAUACUACUGGCUGCGGGUGCUUUUGUACACGCACGCAUUGCGCCGCAGUAUGCUGGACUUGGGGAGAUUGUCAGUGUGUUGCCUGUUAUUUUGGUGGCGCUGCAGUUGAGGUUCUUCACGAGGCGGUACGCCAAUGGGCUGGAGUGACAAGGCUUGUUGUGUAUGGGGGGUUGGGACGUUUUGCUGGUGACUUGCUCAUUGUGUUCAUUGCUCAUCGCAGACUCGGCUACCGUCCAUCCUGGGGACGCGGGACGCACUGCGUUGCGGGACAAGGUGAGCGAUGUGGCGUAUAAAGUGGCGUUCUCGCGCCACUGGUGGCGUACAGAUUGGGUCUUCCAUCCGUUUCUGUGGCAUAUAGCCACUUCUACGCCGAUGUCGCACACAACCACACCUACGAACAGGCAGCUUCUCCCAUUGUUUUUCCCUUUCCCUCUCAAAUCAAUCAUGGCUGGCCAAACAGCGGUAGUUACGUGCCGAGUCUGUGACAGUACCCACCGCACCUCGACCACGGCACCAUGUUGCGACGCCCACAGCAAGCUGUCUCCAGAGGAUCGCUGA